AUGGUCGUUUGGAACCCAUGGAAGGAGAACUUGAAGCACACUCCCAAGGAGAGCCUUAACUGGCGUCUCUGGUAUGGUGUCUUCGUCUUUGGUCUCAUGGGCGCUGCUCGUGGUAUCGACGAAGGCCUCAUCGGUACUACAGCCGAACUCGACCCCUUCAAACGCAAGUUCGGACUCGAAGAAGACGGCAGCAAGAGCGAGCACGAGAUCGCGGAGCUUCUAUCGAACAUCACAUCUAUGGUACAGAUGGGUUCCAUCUUGGGUUCCCUCAUUGCCUUCUUCAUCACCGAUAAGAUUGGUCGUCUCUGGGCUACUCGCCAACUUUGCAUUGUCUGGGUUAUCGGCAUCGUCAUCUUCCUCACCAGCUCUAUCACUGGUUCCGUUGGACAAAUCUACGCCGGCCGCUUCAUUGCUGGUAUCGGCAUCGGACAGACCACUGUCGUCGCGCCCACCUACCUAGCUGAGACUGCGCCCAGGGCCAUCCGUGGUCUCUGUGUCUGCGCUUUCGCUGGAUCAGUCUACAUCGGUAUCAUGCUGGCCUAUUUCGCAUCUUGGGGUUCCUCCAUCCACAUCUCGUCUGCCACUGAUGCUCAAUGGCUCGUACCCAACAGCAUGCACAUCAUGUUCGCUGGUCUCAUCUUCACCCUGUCUUGGUUCGCCAAAGAGAGCUCUCGUUGGUUGAUCAAGGUCGGCCGCCACGAGGAGGCGCUCGACAACCUCGCACAACUCCGCAACCUCCCCGCUGACCACCCUUACGUCACCUCGGAGAUUAUGGAUAUCAACGACCAGCUCAACCGCGAACGCGAAGCCACCAUGGGUACAUCUUGGCUCGGACCCAUCCGUGAGCUGUUCUCCAGCAAGGCCAACCUCUACCGUCUUCAGCUUUCAGUCCUGUCGCAGCUGCUAUCGCAGUGGUCGGGCGCCAAUUCCAUCACAAUCUACGCACCCAAGUACUUUGAAAUGAUGGGCACGAGCGGUCAACAAGAGAAGCUGUUUGCUACAGCCAUCUUCGGUGUCGUCAAGUUUGUCAGUUCCAUGAUCUGCGCCUUCUUCCUGAUCGACUUCCUCGGCCGUAAGCGUUCUCUCGCCACCGGUAUCACACUCCAACUCCUAUCCAUGCUCUACAUGGCCAUAUUCCUACUCAUCGACACCGGUGUCGCCGAUGGCGUACCCCAGAGCUCCAGCCAAAAGCACGCUGCCAUGGGCGCCAUCGUCAUGAUCUACUUCUCCGGUUUCGGUUGGGCGCUCGGAUGGAACUCGAUCCAGUACCUCAUCAACUCCGAGAUCUACCCUCUCCGUCUGCGUGCUCUCGGUGGUUCCAUCGCCAUGACAUUCCACUUUGUCAACCAGUACGGUAACUCCAAGGCUGUACCUCUCAUGUUCAUUUCCAUGACCCACGGAGGCACUAUGCUGUUCUUCUCCUGCGUCACCGCCGUCGGUCUCGUCUGGGUGUACUUCUUCCUGCCCGAGACUUCUGGAAAGUCGCUCGAAUCUCUCGACGAGAUGUUCAACCUUCCUUGGCACCUUAUUGGUCGCAAGGGUGCCGAGCUUACAAAGGGUUCUGGUGGCAUGGCUGAGAUUAUGGAUGAGUCGGGUGAGAAGGCUGUUGAGUACCAGAUGGAGAAUGCUGGUGGCGCUGAGCAGCAGACUCACCGCGUGGAGCAGAAGGUCUAA